AUGGCCGCCACUCCGCCGUUCUCCGCUCCAUCAGACCCCGCCGGGUCUCUGCGGACCCCGGCCAAGUCCUCCCCGCGGCAGCGCCGGCUGCUGGCCGGGCUGGCGGUGGUCAGCGUCCUCAGCGGCUCCCUGAUCGCCGUCAUGGUGCCCUUCUUCCCGUCGGAGGCUGCCAGCAGAGGCGUCUCCCAGACCACCAUCAGCGGCGUCUUCAGCUGCUUCGCGCUCACCCAGAUGCUGCUGUACCCGUUGGUCGCGCCGCUGGCGCUGCGCCUGGGAGUGACGCGGCUCUACAACAUCGGCAUCGCCACGGCCGGCGUCUCCACCAUCGCCUUCGGCACGUUCUACCACAUCCCCGGGGGCGCGGGCUUCAUCGCCGCCUGCUUCGCAGCCAGGGUGGUGGAGGCGGCCGGCACGGCGGCCGUCUCGGCCUGCGGCUUCACCAUCAUCGGCAACCAGUUCUCGGGGCGCUCCAGCUCGGUGGUGGCGCUGGUCUCGGCCGCCCAGUCGGCCGGACUCUCCGUAGCGCCGGCGGUCGGCGGAGGCCUGUACGCGGCGGCCGGCUUCGGACUGCCGUUCUACGUCCUCGGCUCCGUCAUGGUCGUCACAGCCGCGGUCAACAUGCGCUUCAUGCCGGCGGUGGAGAAGACGGACGACUCGCCGUCGGACGUGACGAAGAUGUUCCGCACGUUCGCCGCCUCGCCAGAGAACUGGCUGUGCCUGCUCAUCGUGUUCUGCUACUCACUCGACUUCUUCACGUUCGAGUCGUGCGUGGCACCGUACGCCGUUGCCGCUCUGGGCAUCACACCGGCGACACUCGGCCUCUACUUUACCGUGGCUACUGGCUCCUACGUCUUCACCAGCAUCCUGUGGGCGCGGCUGGCGGAGCGCACCACCAACCCGUACCCGAUGAUGUCCCUGUGUCUGCUGCUGGUCUCCGCCAGCCAGCUACUUAUCCCGCCGGCCUCCUUCCUCGGCCUGCAGCCCACCUGGUGGCUGUUCGGGCUCGGAAUGACGCUACAGGAGGCGCUCUUUGGCGGCGCCUACAUCCCGUGCUUCCAGCUGAUGCUGGCGGCCUCGGUGCGCGCCGGUCUCCAUGACGACCUGCGCACUCACGCGUUCGUGUCGAGCGUGUUCUGGAGCGCCUACUCGCUGGGCACGGUGGUCGGCCCGCUGGCCGGGGGCCUGCUGGUGGACGCCUACGGCUUCCCGUUGAUGAUGACGGCCGUGGCGGCGCUGACGCUGACCGUGGCCCUGCUGACCGCCUGCCAGGCCGCCGUGAGAACAUUCAGAGCGCGCUGUUAA